GAGCGGGAGCCCCUGUCUUCCCAGAGAAGGUCGUGCUGCAUUCAGCCCAUGGAGCAGCCAGGCAAGGAUGCAUGCGAUUCCUAAUUUAUUUGCAUAGGCUGCCUUUCAUCAAAUGCCAUGUACAAUGUAAUGGCUUCCCUUUUCCUGGGAAUGGGCCUCCUUUAAGGUUAAUAGAAGCCUACAAUGAAUGCCGGACUCCAAGCAAUCUCAGGGACCUUGCAAAGAGUGACUCAGCUGCAUUUGAUGAAAAGAACACAAGCCCUUUUCUCUAAGAGUUCUGAUUGGGCAAUGAGGAGUGUUAACCUGAAAUGGAUUAUGACUUCUUCCUGCCAUCAAAAUGUUCUGACUGUUUUCAUAAAAGAUACAGUAUAAGCAUAUAUUGCUCGAAAACACACAAGGAAGAGCAGAAUUAUGAGCUGAUUAACAAGAACAACCUGCUCUAACCAGUUGUUUGGACUAGAUAUCACUCUCACCAGCAUAGCCAAUGACCAGGGAUGUUACGAUGUGUAGCCCAAAACAUCUGAAGGGUGCAAGGGGAGCAACAUGUUACCUUUCAGAUGUUAUUGGACUGCAACAUCCUCAGCCCCUUCUAGAAAAUCUAAUAAUGAAUGGAAGAUAAGAGUUGUGGUCAAGCAACCCAUGGCAGGCAGCAUAGGGAAUGCAAAAGACUGUUGAGAAGAAUAUCUCCAAUUGGAAGAGACAACAUGAAGAGCCUGUUGCUGCUUCUCAUAGCAGCCUUCGGACUUUGCUGGACCCAGUACAAAUCAGAUCCCAAACCUGGAAGGACAUCUAUAGUCCACCUCUUUGAAUGGCGCUGGGCUGAUGUAGCCCUUGAAUGUGAACGUUAUUUAGCACCAAAUGGAUUUGCAGCUGUUCAGGUUUCUCCUCCAAAUGAAAACCUGGUUAUUAUGAAUCCCUGGAGACCAUGGUGGGAGAGAUAUCAGCCUAUCAGUUACAAAUUGUGUUCACGUUCUGGAAAUGAAAAUGAAUUUAGAGACAUGGUGACAAGAUGCAACAAUGUUGGAGUAAACAUUUACGUGGACACUGUAAUCAACCAUAUGUGUAGCUCUGGGGCUGGCUCUGGCUACCUUGGGACUUGCGGCAGCUACUUCAAUGCUGGUGUGCGGUACUUCCCUGCCGUCCCAUACUUUAGCUUUGAUUUCAAUGACCGAAUUUGUAAAACACCCAGCGGGGAUAUUGAAAAUUAUAGUGAUCCUAUCCAGGUUCGCAACUGCCGCCUAUGUGGUCUUGUUGAUCUUGCACAAAGCAGAGAGGAUGUGCGUUCAAAAAUUGCUGGAUACAUGAACCACCUGGUUGAUUUGGGAGUUGCAGGUUUUCGAAUUGAUGCUUCUAAGCAUAUAUGGCCCGAGGACAUUAAUGCAAUCUUAAAUAAAGUGAAUAAUCUAAAUACACGGUGGUUUAUCAAGGGUUCCCGACCUUUCAUCUACCAGGAGGUAAUUGACUUAGGUGGUGAAGCAGUCCAAAGCUCUGAGUACUUCAGAAAUGGCCGGGUGACUGAAUUUAAAUAUGGCGCACAGCUUGGGAACGUCCUCCGCAAAUGGAAUGGAGAAAAGAUGGCAAAUUUGAAGAACUUGGGAGAAAAUUGGAGUUUGAUGCCUUCUGACAAAGCCAUUGUCUUUGUAGAUAACCAUGACAACCAGAGGGGACAUGGUGCUGGUGGGGCCUCCAUUCUCACUUUCUGGAACCCCAGACUCUAUAAAAUGGCACUUGGCUUUAUGCUUGCUCAUCCCUAUGGAUUCACAAGAAUAAUAUCAAGCUACAGGUGGCCAAGAGAUAUCCAGCAUGGAAAGGACUUGAAUGACUGGAUUGGACCACCAAGCAAUAGUGAUGGAACAAUUAAACCUGUUACAAUUAACCCAGAUGGCAGUUGUGGCAAUGGCUGGGUCUGUGAACAUCGUUGGAAUCAAAUAAGGAACAUGGUGAUGUUCCGAAACGUUGUUCAUCGCCAGCCUAUUACAAAUUGGUGGGACAACAACAACCAGGUGGCAUUUGGACGUGAUGGCAAAGGAUUUAUUGUGUUUAAUAAUGAUGACAGGAACUUGUCGAUAAGCCUCCCAACGGGUCUUCCUCCUGGCAUUUACUGUGAUGUUAUUUCUGGACAAAAGGACGGCAACCUCUGCACUGGAAUUCAAAUCCACGUUGCUGCUAAUGGCAUUGGUGAUUUUCAGAUUAAUAGUCAAGCUGAAGAUCCAUUCAUUGCAAUUCAUGUUGAAGCCAAAUUGUAGUCAACACUGAAUUUUCUCUGUGUAUUAAAAAGCUAUUUAAUAUUAA